AUGCCUUCAUCAAACGCCGGCGUAAGCGUAGAUGUUGCUCUAUGGGGCGAUAAAAUCAUCCAGACGACGCUGCAGCAAAAUGCCAAAAUCACCGAUAAAUUGGAAACCUUAUCCAACCAGCAAGAGCUGCUGUGCAAUAAUCAAUCGCAGUUGCUCGAGAUGAUCUCUACGUGGACGAAGAAAGUCGAUGCACUUAUAAUACCCGAAUACUACGAAUAUCUCGAUAAAUUAGCCGUCAACCAAGGAUCUUCUACCAAAUCAUCGACUACGAUCUCCGGUACGCCACCUACAUCGACGGCGACUCCGGCUCGUCCUUCGUAUCAUAUUCCGAUGCCAGAUAGUUCGGUAGUUCAGUCGUGUCCACCGAUACAGAUACCUCAAGAUGACAAAGUCGAACCAGUCGAGCACGAGCCGAUACCUGAUUUCAAGCCGUUUAUUCCGCUGCCCGAUGAGGUGGUCAUCAAGACUGGCGAAAAAGGAGAACAAGUUGUGUACGAGAAUCACGUCAAGCUAUUCCGAUUCGUCGACAUAGAGUGGAAAGAACAAGGAAUUGGAACGUACAAAUUGCUGAAAAAUCCGGAUACCGGACGCUUACGAGCGUUAAUGCGUCGCGAAAUGGUUCACGAAGUUUGCGCCAAUCAUUUGCUAUCUGAAAAGAACGAGCUGAUUCCGAUGAAAAGCAGCGAUCGUGCUUGGACCUAUUGCGCGGCCGAUUACGCCGACAGUGAAAUGAAAUACGAACAAUUCUGUAUCAUAUUCAAGACACCCGAAGAUGCGGCCAAAUUCAAGAGCGAGUUCGAUAAAUACAGAGAUGAAGGCGUGCUAGCUGCCAGAAACAAAAAAGAGCCACUCAACAAGUCGACGGCGACUCCUACUUCUGUCCACGGAACAUUAACUCCACCAUCUGCGAAAUCUGCCGAACCUAAAGCUACCGUAGUAUCGACCGAAACACCCAAGAAAUCAAACGAUUCGUCGAAAUUUACUCCCAGGAGUGGUUUACUCUUUGGUACGCCAACCACGCCGAAAACAGAAUCUCCGGUAGCGCAAUCUGCGCCGACUGUUGCGAAAACUACACCAGCUGCUGCUAAACCAUUCGGAAGCGAAAGUACGUUUGCUUUUGGUGCGCCGAAAUUACCUUCAUCUCCAGCUUCCGCAGGGUCGUCACCGGUCACAGCGCCGGCUCAAAGUGCAGAAACGACUAAACCAUCAGUAUUCGCAGGAUUUAGCAUGAACACGUUGCCGAAACCGACCGCAUCUAUCACGAAUAUAUCCCAACAACAGCAGCAACAACAACCACCUUCUUCGACUACUACUAAAUCGGAAUCAGCUACGACUGAACCGGCUCCGUUCACUUGUGUCUCGGAUGACGUGAUGACUUUCUCGUCAUUAAGCCAAUCUAGCGGUAAUGCUUUCACGAAAAGUAAAUAUUUCAAGGGAUUCGACGGCGCUGGAUCUUUAGUUUUCGAUUGGGCUGCGGCUGAACCGUCUGCGCCGGUUGCGGCGAUUUUGAAACACAUUCUACCGCUUAGUCCUCAGUCGAACUCCUCUAAUGUUUCUACACCAACGCAGGACUUUUCGCCGGUGAUCCCGUUACCGGAGUUGAUCGAUGUUAAGACCGGCGAAGAAGGUCAAGAAGUGUUGUACAAAGAACGUUGUAAAUUGUAUCGAUAUACCGGCGAAGAAUGGAAGGAAAGAGGCGUAGGUAAUAUGAAAAUAUUACGCGAUCCCGUAUCUGGUUAUGUUCGUUUACUGAUGCGAAGAGAACAAGUGCGCAAGGUUUGCUGCAAUCAUCGGUUGUUAAAGGAGUACGAAUUGAAACAACAUAAGACUACUGAUAAAGCGUGGACCUGGUGCGCUCAAGAUUACUCCGAAAACGAGCUGAAGAACGAGACGUUUUGUGUUAAAUUCAAACAUACCGAACUGGCAAACGCUUUCCGAGACGCGUUCAACCGAGCCAAAUCGAAUCUAGAAUCUCCGCAGAAAGCUUCGUUCAGCGACUCAGCAUCUUCAAAAACGAAGACUGCCGAAGCCGCUUUACCAAAAGUAUCGGAUAUGUUCAAACCAGAGACCGGCUCUUGGGAAUGUAAAAAGUGUUACGUUCAUAAUGAAGGCGACAUCGAUACCUGCCUUUCUUGCGCAUCGCCGAGAAAUCCUUCAUCCGAACAGAAAUCGAGCCCGGAAGAAGGAAAGAAAGCAGAAUCAGCAUUCGUUGAUAACAAAUCAGAGACCAGCGGCGGUGGCAGCGCGAGUAAAUUCAGUUUCGGUAUGCCUGUUUCUAAUAAACAAGACAAUUCGUCGGUAACGCCAACACCGACACCGGCCGCAGCUCCGGCUGCACCUGCGAAACAGUUCAGUUUCUGUAUCGGAUCGUCGUCGUUCAAUUUUGGAAACUCGUCUGGCGGUGUCACGCAAUCUGUUACUAAAGAUACGAUUACGAAUUUAUUCCAACAACCACCUUCGUCGACAACUACUAAAUCGGAAUCAGCUACGACUGAACCGGCUCCGUUCACUUGUGUCUCAGAUAACGCGAUGACUUUCUCGUUGUUGAGUCAAUCUAGCGGUGAUGCUUUCCCGAACUGGAUGAUAUCGUCGAAAACUCAAAAAGGAUCGGAUGACGACGACGAAGUCGUUAAAAACGAUCGCGAUCCGUACUUCGAACCUGUGAUUCCUUUACCCGAUAUUGUCGAAGUUGAAUCCGGUGAAGAAAACGAAGAAAUUAAAUUUUGCGAACGAGCUAAAUUAUUCAGAUUCGAUAUUGAAAAUAAGCAGUGGAAGGAACGUGGAAUCGGUGAAUUGAAAGUUUUAUAUCAUCCUGUGGAAAAAAGUUACAGACUUUUGUUGAGAAGAGAACAGGUUCAUAAAGUAGUAUUGAAUCAACGCAUCGCCAAUUACCUAAACUUACAACCUUCACCAUCGUCUCACUCAAGCUGGUGUUGGUCCAGUAUGAAUUUCCCCGAACAAGAAAGCGAACCUGUAUUAGAGAUAUUGGCGGCGAAAUUCAAAACCGAAGCUCAAGCUACCGCUUUCCACAACGUUGUGCAAGAGAGUUUAUUCGAUAUCAACACCGUUCAAAACGACAAAUCGGCCGCAACAGUACAAAACCCCAACGAAUCUGGAGCCGCUUCUGAGUGUUUUGAAGCAUGAAGGCGAAGGUGUCGUAUCGUUCGUAGAACUGAAUUCGGACGAAUACGAAAAGAAGAUGAUUCUGAAAUUUGAAAACGAAGAUUUCGCCGCAUCGUUUCGUACAUUGAAUAUACCCGCGGCUCCAAAAAAACCAUUAAAGGGAAGCUAUUAAUAAAUUGAAUUGUGAUUUGCCUUAUUUCGUUUCGAUUAUCGUUCAUUGUAUUGUUAUUUUGA